AUGGCGAUGCUGCCUUUCGCAGCGUUUGUUCUUUGUUUCUUCAUACCUACUGGUGAGUGUCAAACGUUUUCGAUAAUCGUAAACGACAGCCAAAUCACUGUGACCGCCGGGGAAAAUGCAUUCUUUUCAGUGCGGCCGACCAGCGACAUCAAGAGUGGAAGCUGGUCUUUCAAUGGAAAAGACGUCGGCCAGUGGAUCGGUUCAGCUGUAUCUAUUGAUAAUGCGUAUACAUCGCGGGCUGAGUUAUUCACCUCCAACGGGUCGCUGCAGCUGAAGUCGGUGAUCACGUCGGACAGUGGGAAGUACCGUGUGACCAUGUUUCCAAUCAGCGGUAAACAAACCUCGGCGACCAUCGCUCUGAACGUCAGUGGUCCAGCUGACCCGGCUGGUAGCACUUGGUCAGGGUCCCUUGCUCGGGGUUACGAGCAAUGGCCAACGGCGGACCCAGCAGGAGACUGCUCCAAACGCCAAGUGAAUCCAGACAUGGAGCUGCUGAAACUGCUGCCGGCUGUGACAGAGAUUUACCAUCUUGAGGGAGAGGUCAGGCGCAGCCCCCAACACGUACAGACCAAAGUCACAGCCUUGGACAGCGUUAAGUAUCUCGCAAAGAAGUCUGUUGCCAUCAUGCCCCAAAGGAGUUACGUCUGCUAUGUUUUAACAGAACCUGUUUCAAAGCCCGGUAUCAGAUCCAAUAACACCGACCCAGUAGAACACAAUGACACAGUUAGCUUGACAUGCAGCGCAAGGGGAACGGAUGUUUCGUAUCUGUGGUUUAUGAACAAUAAGACAGUUAGCUCUGGCGGUAGGAUUACUCUGAGCAGCGACAAGAGCAGCUUGACUAUUUCUGGAGUGCUGAGAUCGGACGAGGAAUUCACCUGCUCUGCUUACAAUAUGGUGAAUAUGAACACCAGCGAUCCAUAUCGACUGAACGUUCAAUAUGGACCCGAAAAUUUAACAGUAUACAUCAACCCAGAACUUCCUGUGUAUGAGUCGGGGUCAAAUGCGAAUUUUUCUUGUUUGGCUGUUUCGAACCCCGGCCCUGAAAUUUUGUGGUAUUUUAAUGGCUCAUCUCUUCAGCAUAAUGGACGCCACCUUAUCCUUGUAAACGUAUCCUUGAGUAACACUGGCAUUUACGCUUGUGAGGCGUUUAACAACAUAACCAAACGAUCGAGUUCAACAACACGGAACUUUGUCGUCUUAGAACCUGUUUCCAAUGUCACUGUUACAUCUAAUGCCACCCAAUUGAUCGAGUACAAUGACACCGUGAGCCUAACCUGCUUCGCAAAUGGCACAGAUAUCUCUUACCUGUGGCUUGAAGAAAAUACCCCGAUAACUUCUGGUGGCAGGUUUGAACUGAGUGCCGAUAAUACCAUACUGACUAUUGCUGGAGUGUUACGGACAGAUGGAUGUUUCACCUGUCGCGCAUCCAACUUGAUUAAUAACUUAACAAGCGACCCGUUUUGUCUUGAUGUUAACUACGGACCGGAUCGUCCGAAUAUCGCUACUAACACCACUGCUUACAUUGCUGGAAGCACCAUCACGUUAACAUGCUCUGCAGACUCCCGUCCUGCUGCUAUCCUGAAAUGGCAUUUCAGCGGUGCCUUGCGUCAACCUGGGAAGGAGCUUGUCCUUGACAACAUUUCUGUGAACGAGACAGGGAAUUAUACUUGUCAGGCCUAUAACAAUAUCACAGAAAGGUUUAAUGCCUCAACUCGGAAAAUAACUGUGCUCGAGCUUAUUUCUAACGUCAGUGUAAACAUCAGCAAUUCACAACCUAAGGAAAACGAUACCGUUUUAUUCACUUGUGUUGCAAGUGGCACAAUUCAGAGAAGAACAUGGUUUAAAGAUGACAAACUCAUCCAGAGUGAUAACAGAAUAAGUACAUCUCCAGAUAAUGCGAAUCUGACCAUAACUGGUCUUCUCAGGAAUGACACAGGAAAAUAUAAAUGUAACGUUAGCAAUGAAUUCAGCAGCGACAGUGCAGAAAUCGACCUGCAGGUUAACUAUGGGCCAGACAACAUCACGAUUCAUCCACAGGGUCCAGUUAAGAAAUAUACUGGUGAAUUUCUGACAUUACAGUGUUUUGCCGAUUCGGUUCCCAGUGGUGAAUAUUCAUGGUCUAAUGGGACAAAUAGUGUGAUAACAGGACAGACCUACAACAUCACAUCAGUAGAGAAGUUUGACAGUGGAAAUUAUACUUGUCAGGUUAAUAACACUAUAACCAUGAAAAGCAACAGUCUUACUGUAGAGGUCUCCAUACAGGAUCCACUACCAACAAAAUCACCUCCAGGCGGUUCAAGCGGUUUGUCAGGUGGAGCAAUAGCCGGGAUUGUGAUUGGAGUAAUUGCUGGAGUGGUGCUGGCGUGUGGAUUAGCUUUCUGCAUCAUCAAGACAAAGACAAGCAGGUUAAAUACUGGAAUCGGCAAAAGUGAUCCCAAAGGGACUUCACCAGAAAACAUCCCAUCAUCACAAACAGAGUAUGCGGAAAUUGAAAGGAAAAAACCUAGCCAGCCGAAACCGGCGCCAUCUAGCAAUGGGGCAAAUGCAGCACCUACACAGGCGAAAGGUGAAGAUGUGAUCUACACCAGGCCCAAUAUCAUUAAUCCGGGUACCAAGCCUACCAGCGAAGCUGUGGUUGACAACAAGACAGACUAUGCUGAAGUGAAGUACCGAUGAUUUCCCUCCACUAAUCAGAGAAAACUUUCCCCAAAAUGCACUGAGAACUGCCUAUGUUAUCUGAUUCCCAUGCCACAAGCAUGUAAUGUCUCCUUGAGUUUUACUAAUCCUUCGUCAAGUCCCACCGGGUGCUAGAUGCCUGUAGGGCCAACCAGUCCAGCUCAACAGGGAUCAUCAUGAUGGGAGGGAGGAAUGUGACUGCAGAAAGUAUACAAUGCUGGUCCCAGAUCCCUCGGAUUCAACAUUCCACAAUUCCUGGCCCAACCGGAUCAUGAAACCUCCCACUGAGAUAAUGUAGCCACACCAUGGAAUGUGCAGUCUCACACAUUCCUUCCAAUGAACACACAUCAGCAAGCAGCUGGAUCUCCCCCACCCCCUCCAUUCUUCCACCCUUCACCUCCUUGUGUCUGGUCUCCCCACAACUCCAAUUGCCCCUCUGUGAGUGUCUGGUUUCUCCAGCUGCUUCCAAUGUGCCGAGGAAGAAGUAGAGUCUGUUGCCUCAAUGGUCCUUGUGAACACUUGCCCAAACCCCCUUGAAGCAAUGAGGUGAGUUGCACCGCCUUGCUCAUACUCACCUUGUUCCAGUUUGUGGGAUCUCACUGUGCCUCCAUCUUGCCUCUGUCCUUCCAAGCUUGUGUCAGUGCCUUUUGCCUGUUGAUGUGCUAUCACUACUCCAUGUGGAAAUUCAAUACAUAUAUUUUUUUAUUUGUGUAUGAAGUGGUGGGAGGGGAUUGAUGGGGAGGGAAUGUGAUGAAUGGUGCAUGAUUAAAACUUGAGAAGUUUAUUUUUAUUUACCUGAAUGCACUAACUGUUGGCACUUUGUAUGAAUUUCAUUGGCACUUCCCAUCCUGUCUAGAUGUUCUUGGUAGGCAACUUCACGUGGGCUUUCCCUUGCUCUGUGAGUGAAGCUGGUUCCUAUCCCUCCAAGGGGCUCUCCAGUCCUGAAACUUCCACUAUCAGAGAAAAAUUAUAAAACUGUCCCUCCAGAAAUAUGGGGUUGCUUUGCAAGUGAUUCCAAACUAGGAACGUUUGGUGGGGUUUCACAUGCCCCUGUUGCUGUUCAGCUCCUCGCAAUUCCACUUACCUUGAUGCUUAAGGAGACUCUUCAGUUCACUGUCAGUUCCAUCAGCUCUGCUUUGAGUAAUCCACAAAGCAUAUAUCUCUUCAUACACCAACUCCCUUUUGUGGUCUUUUUGUAGCUUAUUGUCCUACCUGGAGUGUAAGGUACAAUAGUUAACCAAGCAGUACGUGGAAGGAAACUAGACCACGCAGGGAAGUCUGGUGGGGCAUUGGCUAGUGGGUGUUGGGAUGUAUGGGAGUGGAAAUGUGUGAACUUCACACAAAGAAUACUGGAGAAUGGAAUCGAACCCCAGUGUCGACUCAACCUACAUUUAAAACUCCAGCUUGUUGCUAUGUGUAAGCAAGCCCAUUGCUACUUACAAGAGCAAUGAGGUCUAUAAAAUUAGAACAACCUCAUCAGCUUCACAAAUGGAGACUCCAUAGAUUGUUCCUUAUUUGACCAAAGUUACCCUUAAAAAGCAGCUCCAAAAAUAGAUAAUUGUUUUAUUAAAAAUAUAAAUCUGAUGGGGAAGCAGAUGAUUCACACGAGUAUUAUUUAACUGAUACUUAAUUGUUGAAGCAGUGUAAUAAAUCUGGAUUGAUAUAAAUUUAAGGCAAAGUGAAAUAUAAUCUGUUACAAAAUGAUUGCUAUAAAUGUAAUAUAUGUAUAUUUCAACAGACAUCAGCCAGUUAUCAAUCUGCACUGAAUCAUGUUAUUAAAGAGCUUUAAUGUUUCGACAA